UUUCGGAGUCUGAAAAACCGAAGCGACACAACCGGUAAACAUCAGCGCGUCGUGAGUGCGUGUGCUGCUGUGCAAGGAUAAAGUUUUCUACGCGCUAAUUAUCCGCGCCAGCUGUAAAAUGUGUGAAUAGUUGUAAGCCGAGCUGAAGACUCGCUCGACAAAGUUUAACGGGGUAUACUUUAGCUUUUUUGGGGUAUAUUUUCACACUUGCUAACUGGGUGAUAGGGACAAGAUCGUUUCAAGAUGUCCAAGUUUGAGAAGGAACCAAAAACGAUAGCCGUGCGAACGGCGCGUCUCAAUGAUUUGAUUCUGGGUCGCUCGAAUGGUGGAACGGGGGCGGACGCCUCGUCCCACGAAAGGAAGGAUGCAGCGGAUAGUGCCCUUCUGGAUGUUGCGCUCAGUCGGGAAGGGCUGCUCGAUUCGUUGCUUGUGCUGUACGACGAAUGUAGCAAAGAUGCAAUCAAGAAAAAGGACAAGAACAUCGCUGACUUUGUCACGAAAUAUCGUCCAAUCAUACAGGAAACGCGAGAGAGGCGAGUGAAUGUACAUGAUUUCGAUGUAAAAUGUCUCAUCGGCAAAGGUUACUUUGGGGAAGUUCAUCUUGUGGCCGAACGACACACAAAGCAGCUGUACGCGAUGAAGAAGAUGAUGAAGGAGGCUGUCUCGUCGAUACAGGUACGAACCGAGCGGGACAUAAUGGCUACGCGUCGCUCCGACUGGAUUACGCCGCUUCAGUACGCGUUCCAGGACGCGCACAGUCUGUAUCUGGUGAUGGAGUUUCUACCCGGGGGCGAUUUGCUGAGCCUAAUGAUACGCGUCGGUGUGUUCGACGAAGAGCUCGCACAGUUCUACCUGGCUGAACUGACUGCCGCGCUGCACAGCCUGCACACGCUGGGGUACGUGCACCGAGACAUUAAGCCGGAGAACAUUUUGCUCGAUCGUUUCGGGCAUCUGAAGCUGGCCGAUUUUGGAAACGCGACCGCCAUCAACGACGAUGGAAGCGUGUCGAGCCCGAUGCCCGUCGGCACGCCGGACUACAUUGCGCCCGAGCUGCUGCAAACCCUGUCGACCAUUAGCCGCACCGUGAACAGUGCGAAACACGACGUCACCUGCGACUUCUGGUCGAUGGGCAUCAUCGGGUACGAGUUCAUAACCGAGCAAACGCCCUUCCAUGGGGUGAACGUGAACGAAACCUACUCGAAGAUACUGGAACAUUGCGAGGGGCGUAUUGGUAGGAAGCUAACCUUCCCGGCGCACGUUUCCAUCUCAACGAGCUAUCGGGAUUUGCUCGAUCGGCUGGUUACGAACGUGUCCAACCGUAUCUCGUACCCGGAGAUAGUGCGGCAUCCGUUCUUCCGUGAUCUGAACUGGGACCGUUUGCGGUACAUGAUUCCACCGAUCAUACCAACCGUCAGCAGCGAUGACGAUACGUCCAACUUUGACGACGUAGACAAAACGGCCAAACGUAAGGCAAUGCUUGGCCGGAAGCCAACGUACAACAUUGCCCGGAUGAACGAAUUCUCCGGACACGAUCUGCCCUACCUCGGCUACAGUUACGUGUACGAGGAGCCGGAUUCGACCGCGGUGUACCGCGAUACGGACGAACACAUGAAGGCAGCCCGGUUGGCAGCAAAGGUGAAGGAGCAGGAGCGUCGCUUGAAAGAGCACAGCGGCGAAAUCCAUCGGCUGCAGAAGGACGUGCUCGAGCGGGAUCGUAGGAUUGUCUCCAUAACGGCGCACAGCAAGAUACUGGACGAAACGAAAAAAGAGCUCGAGCGCAUGAAGGAGCUGCUGAAGGAGAAAACGGCCGAACUGGCCGCCACCCGGACGGAGAACAAAACGUUGCGCAACGGUUUGAAGAUCGAAAAGGAAGAGCGUCUCAAGAACGACGCCACGAUCGCCGAUGUCGUGAAGCAGACGUACAAAAAGUGGGAGAAAGCAAAGCAGGCCUCGGACCAAGCGUACGAGCGACAGCUGGCGGAAAAGAAGACGGAACUGGCCGGCGCCAACGACAAGCUGCGCGAGCUGUCCACCGAACUAAUGGCGCGGCUGGACGAGUGUCAGCAUCUGCAGGCGUCGGUGGAAAACUACAAAGAGCUGCUGAAAAAGUCCAAGGACAAGCUGAUGGCGGACAAGGAAAAUCUCGACCGCAGCCAGCAGGAGCUGAUGGCAACGUACGAUGCCAAGAUAGCAGAGCUGAAGACGAAAUGGAAGGCGGAGAAGGAACAGCGGGCGGAGCUGGAGGCGGAGGUGCGCGAGCUGCGCGACCGGCUGCAGGAGGAAGAAUCGAACGUGAAGUUUGUGGCGGAGCGUGAACAGAAGCUGGUGGAUAACAUCAAGCGCCGGAUGACGAUGCAGCUGGAGGAAAACAACAUGCUGCGAGAGGCGAAACAGUUUUCGGAAAAGAUGAGCGAAGAGAUGCAGAAGAAGAACGACCAUCUGCGCAGCGAGAUCAGCAAGCUGCAGGAGGAGAAGAUCACGUCGGUGUCGGUGAUCAGCAGCGUGGACAGCAGCCGCCGCAGCUCGCUGGUUUACGAGCAGGAGUUCCGCAGUGCCAACUCUAGCCUGCACGACAUGACGACGAUCAUUUCGGGGCCGAGCGUGGAGGCGCAGCUGCGCAACGAUCUGAUCAGAGCGAGAGAAGGUGAAAAUGAGCAGCGCAAACGGGCCGAAAAUCUAGAGGAGGUGGUCGACCGGCUGGAGAAGGUAAUAGCGCAGCUGAAGGCAAGUGGAACAGGAUUGUCCGGUGCUGAGACGCUGCUCGAGAAGCAGAAGGAAUGCUUGGAAGAUAAGCUGUCCGCCAUCCGCGAGCAGGCCAUACUGGACAAGCAGUCGGCGCGUACCGCCAACCUUUCGCUGUGGAAGCUGGAGAAGGAGCUGGACGCGCUGCGGGGCGAGAAGAGCAUCCUGACCCGGCGCAUCGAACAGUCGGACGAUCGGGUGACACGCGUCCGGCACGAGAAGGAAGAGCUGGAGUUUAAGAUGAAGCAGCAGCAGGAAACGAUCGCCAACAGGGACAAACAGAUCGAGGAUCUGCGCGCAGACCUGUCGGUGCUGAAGGAUGAGCUCAGGAAGGAGCGCGAACUGUGGAGCAGCUCGGAAAAGGACCGGCUGGCGGAGAAGACGGAACUGAUCGAGUGCUUGGCCAGGGCGCAAAUGCUUGAGGAAAAGCUAAAGGAAAGCCAGCAGAAGCAGCAGCAGCUGAACGAUCGCGUCAAACUGCUGACGGUGGAGAACGGGCGCUACGCGAAGGAGCUGCGCGAAGCUCAGGACGAGCUGGCGGAUGCCACGGAAGCGAGCGAGAGUCUCGAGCAGCGGUUGGCCGCGGUUACGAAGAACUUUAACAUGCUGAAGGGUGCGUGCAGCAUCACGGAAACGCAGCUGACUGAAAUGGAGAUGCUGCUGGAGAAGGAGUCGAUGCGCAACCGGGAGUGCGGCGAGCAAAUGGAGACGCUGCGCAAGCGGCUCAGCGAGAAGGACGACGACAUCGAGCGCGUUAGGCAGGAGCUGCAGGCGGAACGGUCCGGCAAAACGCUGAGCGAAUCGAAGACGAACCAUCUGCUGGCCGAGUACGAAGAGCUGCGCAAGAAGUUCGAGGAGCUGCAGCGGCAGAUGGUGGAGCAGCAGCAGGAGCUGAUCGAGAAGACGAGCCACCUGUACGAGGUGCAGGAGCGCAUCGAGCUGCUGAAUCACGAUGCGGAGAACCUGCAAAAGGUGGUCGCCAACUACGAGCAGGAGCAUUACAUCCUGAAGGAGGAGAACGCACGCAUACUGACGGACCUGUUCCUGGCGAAGGAACACAACACCAAGCAGGGCAACGAGAUGCGCGAGCAGCAGAACGUGAUCGAACAGCUGACGGCCGAGCUGGAGCACGUGAAGCGGGUGCUGCAGGAGCAGAAAACGUUCUACACCGAGCGGGACAUCAAGAGCGAGGCGACGCUCGCCCAGCACAAGAAACUGAUCGACUACUUACAGGCGAAGGUGGAGGAGUGCAACGCGCACCGGAAGAAGAAAACUUUGGCCGGCCUGAUCUUUGGCACCUCCUCCUCCUCCUCGGCGUCCUGCCAGGACAGGAAGGAAAAUGUGGUGCCUAAUGUUGGUGCCGCCGGCGGUGUGCCAGUAGAAUCGACCACCAGCUACAAGAAGCUGCAGGACGAGCUGCAGAAGGAGCGUGCACGCACCAGCCAGCUAAAGGAACAGUUGCUGCGCGCCAAGACGGAUUUGAUCGUGGCGGAAAAGGGCAACACGAUGCAGAAAAAGCAACGCAAGGACGAUGCAAACGUCGAAACAGAGCGGCGACAUGUUAGCAAGGAAGAGCGCCGACUAGCGAUGGAGAUGGCGACGCUAUCGGAGGCAACCGAGGAUCUCAGGGAGAAGCAAACGCAAGUGGCCGAACAGCACGGAGCACGUCGACGUACGACUUCGGCAGCGGGCAAACGGAACGCUACCGGUGCUGCUGGGAAAGCGCAUACCUUUGACAUGACGAUCGUAAGCUCGUCCUCCGCCUCAAAACAUCCGACCAUACUGUGCGCGGGCUGCGAUCGUCUUGUGCUGGCCGGCCAUCCGUACUGGAAGUGUUCGGAGUGCAGUAUUGCCGCGCACCAGAAGUGUCGCUCGUCGGUGACGAGUGGUUGUGGUGAGCCGACGCGUAGAAGCGGAGUCAGUGGAUGCGGCGAUGAUGGUGAAACGAACGAAUCGUUGGACGAUUUUGCCGAGGAGCUCGGUCUCGGGGAUGAUGAGGAGACGGACGCUGAAUCGGUGGGUCCGACCCAAGGAGGAGAACGCAAGAGCCCAGCAUUUUCGAUGACCAGUGCGGAGGAGAAGGCGGAAGAGGAUCGGUACGUGGGAGAUUUGCUGUUCAAAACGAAACGGCUCGAACCGAAGCUGUACGUGAACGAUAUCUACGAAGUGAGCGAAUCGGUCGUACUUUUAGGUUGUGAUACGGGGCUGUACUCCUAUCACAUGGACACGGGUGAGGUCGUGCACAUCCGCGGCAUCUCGAACGUGCGCUCGUUUGCCGUGUCGCACGCGAUCCCGAAAGCAAUACUGAUCGGUUCGGAGGGCGAAUAUCUCUACCAGUGCGAUCUGCGCCAUCUGCAGAGCCGUGCGCAAGCCUCCGCCUGUCUGCAGCCGAAGCUGGAAUCGUUUGUGCUCGACCUGUCGAUCGCAAACCGUACGCACAGCGAACCGUGGCACAUUGUGCGCAUGAUGGAGGACAUACCGGCGGGUGGGAAGCUGUCGGACGCGAUCGCCAUUGCGGCCACCUCGUCGCGCAUUGUGAUUCUGAAGUUCGAUGGACAGGCGGGGCGGUUCAAGCCGGUCCGCGGACUCGACACAAUACUGCCCGUGUCAACCGUACUGUUCACGAAGGAUACGGCCAUCGUUGGGUCGGACAAAUUUUUCGAGAUCGAUCUGCGCACGUACGCGGCGGAAGAGUUCCUCGACAUGUCGGACAAAACGUUGGCCGACAUGCGCAACUGUGCCCCGCUGGCGGCGUUCCGCAUCAACAGCCAGGAGUUUCUGCUGUGCUACCGGGAGGUGGGCAUCUUCGUGGACGAUUCCGGUUGGCGGUCGCGCCCCGACAAUCUGAACUGGCUGCAGGACCCGGUGGAGUUUUACUACCGCGAAUCGUGCCUGUUCGUUGCGCACGCCGACUGUGUGCAGGUAAUGUACAUCAGCAAAUCGUACACGAAGGAGCUGGCCUGCCGGCAGUCGCACGCGGACGAUGAGCGGCGAGCGUUCAUUAGCUUGCGGGAGUCACCGCGCCUGCUGGCACCGCUCCAGUUUGCCCGCACUUCGAUCUACGUGGCGUGCGAGUGUGGCCCGGAUCGGGAGCAGGAAAUUGUGCUGCUCGAUGGGCUGAAAGCGCUGCGGACGGUAGGCUUUAGCCAGUCGCUGGAGACGCUCUCGAGUUUGGCAACGGGCGUAGGGCAGAGCCAGGAUUCGCUAUCGACCCUUGGGCAAGGCGUUUGAUAUGGAGUAUUGACGACAGAGGGAGUUAGGCUAGUUGAAAGGAGGUUCACUCUCACGAGUUGGAGUUUCAUUGCAACCGUCUCCAACAUCGAAUUUUUCAAACACUUUUUUGUCUAGGAAUGCGCUUUCUCAAAUUGUUAGUUUUUUACCCCUUUUUUCUUCGUUUACGAAGUCGACGAAACUUCAUCUAAUAAAUGUAUUCUUUAUGA